UGGCAGCUUGAUGAACUUUGAUAACGAUCACAAUACUCGUGACCGCUUCCCUGGACCUUUCUCACUUCACAGAAAACACGAUCCGCCUACUAUGUCUGAGUGUCACACAGACUCGGAAUGCUCCUCCCGCGACGUACGAGAUGUUGUUCCAUCUAUUCUUCGAGUCAACCCACAGUGGGCGACCGUCACGAAAACUUAAAACUCCUUGCUAUUUUCCGGACCCCAAUGUUCCCCAGAGACCGAAGCUGCUUUGGAUCGGGUGUUCAGACUCUAGAAUUUUGGAGGGGGACAUUACAGUUGCCAGGCCCGGCGAAAUCUUCGUCCAUAGGAAUAUCGCCAACCAGUUUCCAACACAGGACACCAAUGCACUGGCAGUCCUGGCAUAUGCCAUUGGAGCUUUGGGGGUCCGAAAUGUGGCAGUCGUCGGCCAUAAAAAGUGUGGUGGUGUGAUAUACGCACAUGAGCAAGCGCAACCCUGUCCUCUCCCUGAGCGCAUCUGCCUCACCGAGAAAGAAGGGGCGGAGCUUUUUUCCGGCGCACCAGGAGGUUGUGGAGAUGUCUCUUCCGACAACCCCAUCUACUCGUGGCUUGAGCCUCUAAUACAACGUCUCAAACAGCUCUGGCCCGGAUCGCCCGGAUCAGUCGAAUGGGCUACGAUGGAGAAUGUGCAACUUCAGGUGGAGAAUCUGCUCAGCCUGAGGCAGACCAUCCUAAAAUUGUCCGGGAACCAGCCCGUCUUGGUGCACGGACUGCUGUACGACUUCACAACUGGAAUUCUUGAGAAUUUAGUACCAACUUCAGAGAUCAAACCUUGAGCGAUAUCUCUGAGAAAAAAGAAAUUGGAUUCAUACUUCAAUGUACUAUUACGCUGUCCCCUGCCUUUUGCUAACAAGAGUCAAAUGUCUUAAACCAUACUACAGAAUUUUGAUUGGAUGUGGAAAUUGCCAGAGUAUUCUGAAGGGGCUUCGAACUGUUACAUAAC